UCUACUUCCACUUUCACCUCACAAACCAAAAUGACUUCCCUCAUAAAAACCUCCUUUCUAUUCUCUCUCAUCACUCUCCUCAUCUUCACAUACACACAAGCAGCAACAAUCGAGGUCAAAAACAACUGCGGCUACAAAGUAUGGGCUGCAGCCGUCCCAGGCGGCGGUAAGCCCCUAAACACAGGCGAAUCAUGGACCAUCACUGCAUCUGCAGGCACCCAAAAAGCCCGAGUAUGGGCCCGAACCGGAUGCACCUUCGACAACUCAGGCAAAGGUCAUUGCCAGACCGGUGACUGCGGCGGUGUGCUGAACUGCCAAGUUUACGGAACCCCUCCCAACACACUAGCAGAAUACGCUUUAAACCAGUACAUGAAUUUGGACUUUUUCGACAUUUCUCUUGUCGAUGGAUUCAACGUUCCUAUGGAUUUUAGUCCAACGGCAAAUGGAUGUCGCGGCAUAAAGUGCACUGCGGAUAUCAACGGACAGUGUCCUAGUCAGUUGAAAACUCAAGGCGGUUGUAACAACCCGUGUACUGUUUUUAAAACUGAUAAUUACUGCUGUAAUUCCGGUAGCUGUGGGGCUACUGAUUAUUCAAGAUAUUUUAAGACUAGGUGCCCUGAUGCUUAUAGUUACCCCAAGGAUGAUGCUACAAGUACAUUCACUUGCCCUGGUGGAACCAAUUACAGGGUUGUCUUUUGCCCUUAAAUUUGCCUCUAUGUAUGUAUGUUUUCUGAAUGCAUGCACUAAUUAUAGAAAUAAGUUUAAAAGGUGCAUGUGUGUGCACUUUAAUUUAUGAGCUUAUCUAUAUACGAUGAGCAACACUAAAUUAUAAAUAAAUUACCAAGAAAUUAAGAAAGAA